AGAAUUUGUUAAUAUGCGUGUCUAACUCAAUAGUCGAGGAGUAACAAGAGAGGCAUUUUUUCUCGUUGAUGUCAAACUUCAAGGUAAGUUGUCAGAAUCAAUCAAAACAAGGGGGAAGAAGAAAUGGUCAAAGUCCUAAAAAAGAGACGAGUGAAGUUCGCUUGUGAAUAGGAAGAACAAAGACAGAAAUCUGCGGGCAGAAAAAAGAGGGGGAAAAAGGAAGGGAAGAAGAGAAGGAAGAAGAGAAGGAAGAAGAAGAAAGUGCCAUGGGCGAUCUACUCUCAUGGCUAUUCUCCUUCUUCCUUCUCGUUUCUGUUCUUGGUACUAUCCUCUACCAGCUCAUGUGCUUGGCAGAUCUUGAACAGGAUUAUGUCAACCCUUAUGAUUCAGCAACACGGAUUAACAGAAUAGUGGUGCCAGAAUUUGCUCUUCAAGGAGCCCUGUGCUUCCUACAUCUUGUGACAGGGCAUUGGUUGAUGUUUCUGAUAUGUCUGCCAUACUUGUACUAUAACGUCCAAGUCUAUACUGAACGCUGCCACUUGGUAUAUGUAACUGAGAUUUUCAAUCAGCUUCCGUGGGAAAAGAAGAUCCGGUUGUAUAAGCUUGGAUAUCUUGUGAUACUUCUUGCCUUUUCGAUAUUCUGGAUGGUUUGGAGUAUUGUGGAUGAAUGAAGUACGGUGGAUUGCUUCUAUCAAUGAGGGUUUGAUCGAAUGAAGAAACUGGGAUUGUUCUGGCACUAGCACGGUGAAGCUGGCCGUCUGACAUCUAUCGGUUUACUAAGUUAAUCAUGCCAUAAACGAAUUGUGAUGAUGGCUUUAUGGAAUUAAUCUAAUUUGAAGGAAGAGUUGGAAGUUCUCAACUAGCUGGGAAACAUACACACACUUUUAGCUCUAGUCAUUUUUCUCUUUUUUGGUAGGUUAACUUUAUGAUGCCCUUUAAGCAUCUAAUUUAUUGGGCAAUAGGCAUAGAGUUGAACUUACGUAAAUCAGAAUAGUGUUGUGAUCUUAUAUCAUAAUGUCUUAGCAAAUGAUUUACUGAAUGUACUAUUUCCAGUGGAGAUCAAUGUUUAAUUGUAGAAAUGUUGUCACA